GCUCAGGCUUCUUUGCUAGUUUUACGAAGAGAUGAGGACCUCUCUGUUUGAGAGACUGUAAUUCACUCCCUCCUCCUUCCCCGGGAGCUCAAGUCGUUUCCUUCAAGAAAGCAUGGCGACUAUCAAGAUGAUGCCUCAGUUUCACUGUUCCAAUGUUGCCUUUAGAAGCCUGCAGAAGCAUGUUCAACUCGAAACUAGUCAUAAUGCAACCAGAAUCAAUUUAUGUUCUGCACAGCACUAUGCACAUGGGAGACUAAUAAACAUCUGUAGCUCGUCGAGAAGAAGUCUUAAACAUUUGAAGCCAAAAUCUGCGGCUGGUUCAGGUGUUGAGGUCUCUACUGAUUCAAAGGACAAUGCGAUAACCAUAUCUACUGCCAAAAUAAUGGUGGAGUCUGAAGAUUUUGAUAAUAUACAACUAAGAGUGGACUUGACUGGGAAGGAGACACAAAGAGUGUUUGACCAGGUUUUGAAAAAUUUGGCCCGUUCAGCACCUCCAUUCCCAGGUCUUCGAAAACUAAAAGGAGGAAAAACUUCAGAGAUUCCAAAGAGCUUCCUGUUUGAUGUCUUUGGUAAAGACACCGUCACGGAGUUUGUCGUGAACGAAAUAGUUACUUCAACCAUGUGUGAUUAUGUGAAGAAGGAAAAACUGAAGGUGAAGGACUCGAAGGUCAAUACCAUCCAGACUGCAGAAGAACUCAAAUCGUCUUUCGCUCCGGGAAAAGAAUUUGGUUUCAAUGUCACGCUGGAGCUCGAAAAUUUUUUAAGUUGAAACCAGCAGUUCAUGAUCAUCUGAAGCGUGAAGGAUAUAUCCUUCGGGCUCUUGAUCGGUCGAUUGCUCUUGUUAAUUCUUCUAUUUCUCUUGUUAAUUGCAUUUGCUCAUCCAAUGAUUCUAUCCAGUAGCCAAGUAAUACGAAAGAGGGUACCAACAUGCACAUACUUUAAGUGUAUGUCCUAAUUUUUUUUUCUUUUUGUUUUCAAGGUAUAUUUGACAAGGACUGAAGAUCCAUUUUCUAAUUACUAUUGUUGGAGUAAGAUCAACUUUUUUUCUCAUAAUAAAAAAAAAGGUAUCAACUGAAUUGCA